AGUGAAGUUAGGCAAGAUUUUUUGAUAAGAUAAAUUAUUACAGAUUUAUUGAGCUUGGAAGAGAGGACUGAUGAUCACAAAGGAUCUUGGAAUGCAUGAGUGUUAGACCUGUUUAGGAAGAGAUCUGGACUAUAGUUCGUAUUCUACCCAGUGCAAGUGACCUUGAACUUGAGAACUGAAUCCCAGUUUCCUCAUCUGUCAGUUGGGGAUUAUGUUCAUUGACAAACAUUUAUUGAGAUUUUGGUGGUCGGCUUCCAUUCAUAUUGUUAUGAUGAUUGUUAUAAAUUGAUGAGAGAUCUCCUGUAACCCUGCGGUACACGUGCGUGUGCCAGGUGGGCGCUGCGGUAGCAUGGACGCUUUGUAUCGAGUUGUAAAGCCCAAAACAAAAAGAGCCAAGAGAUUCCUUGAGAAAAGAGAACCGAAACUCAGUGAAAAUAUUAAAAAUGCUAUGCUGAUUAAAGGGGGCAAUGCAAGUUCAACAGUGACACAAGUACUUAGAGAUGUGUAUGCACUGAAGAAACCAUAUGGAGUUCUGUAUAAAAAGAAAAAUAUUACAAGACCAUUUGAGGAUCAGGCAUCAUUGGAAUUUUUUUCAAAGAAGUCAGAUUGUUCUUUAUUCAUGUUUGGCUUCCAUAAUAAGAAGCGGCCAAAUAAUCUAGUAAUAGGUCGUAUGUAUGACUACCACGUGCUGGAUAUGAUUGAAGUAGGUAUCGAGAAGUUUGUCUCCCUUAAAGAUAUUAAGAAUAGUAAAUGUCCGGAGGGAACAAAACCCAUGUUAAUAUUCGCAGGUGAUGAUUUUGAUGUAACAGAAGACUACAGAAGGCUAAAAAGCCUUCUUAUUGAUUUCUUCAGAGGCCCCACAGUAUCAAAUGUCCACCUGGCUGGUUUAGAGUAUGUUCUGCACUUCACUGCACUGAAUGGGAAGAUUUACUUUCGAAGCUAUAAGUUGCUGUUGAAGAAAUCUGGCUGCAGAACACCUCUGAUUGAAUUGGAAGAGAUGGGACCCUCAUUGGAUCUGGUUCUGAGGAGGACACACCUAGCAUCAGAUGACCUUUAUAAGUUAUCUUUGAAAAUGCCCAAAGCCCUCAAGCCAAAGAAGAAAAAUGUCUCUCAUGAUACUUUUGGUACAACUUAUGGAAGAAUUCAUAUGCAGAAGCAAGACCUAAGCAAACUACAAACCAGGAAAAUGAAGGGGUUGAAGAAGCGACCUGCAGAAAGGAAAGCAGGGGCUUCCCUGGUGGCGCAGUGGUUGCGCGUCCGCCUGCCGAUGCAGGGGAACCGGGUUUGCGCCCCGGUCCGGGAGGAUCCCGCGUGCCGCGGAGCGGCUGGGCCCAUCUCUGAGAUGUCCACUACCUGA